AUGUGUAGAGGCCAUCUCCAGGGCAAAGGCGCUAGGGCGGCCGAUAAGGCGGUUGCCAUGGUGAUGAAGGAGCUUCCGAGGGAGGAGUCCGCGGAAGAAAAGCCCCUCCUCACUAUGACAUCACAGCUGGUGAAUGAGCAACAAGAAAGCAGACCCCUUCUGAGCCCCUCCAUUGAUGACUUUCUCUGUGAAACUAAACCAGAAGCUGUUGCAAGGCCUGUAACAUCAAAUACAGCAGUGUUAUCAACAGCUUUGGAUCUCUUGGAUCUUAGUGAACCUGUCUUACAAACCCAAAACAAAGCAAAGAAAUCAGAGAAUGCAUCAAGAGGUGAAGGUUUAAAAGCUUCAACCCACAGAAAGAAGACAGACAAUUCUGACCUUAUCAAUGUGGAUACUGAGCAGAAAGUCCAGACUGUUAGAGUUUCAGACAAGUCUUCACUAGAUUUAGUUGAUAUUCAGACACAGCUAGAAAAAUGGGAUGAGGUGAAUUUUCAUGGAGACAGGAGCAGCAAGGGCCACCCAUCUACAGAGCGAACAUCAUCAUCCAGAGCUCCAUCAAAAGAGCUUUUAUGGUCCACGGAAAACAGAUCACAGUCUGAGCUGACUAAUGUCAAGAGUGCCUUGGAUUCUGAUUCCACAUCAGAUUUAGAACUAGCACCUGCAACACAGGCACGAUCAACUAAGGAGCAGCGUUGGGGAGGGCCUCUCCUCUCUAGAAAUCACUCUUUGGAGGAAGAAUUUGAAAGAGCAAAGGCAGCUGUUGAGUCAGACACAGAAUUUUGGGAUAAGAUGCAAGCAGAAUGGGAAGAAAUGGCUCGCAGGAAUUGGAUUUCAGAGAACCAGGAAACACCAGGGCAAGUCACCAUCUCAACCAUUGAGAAGGGCUACUAUUUUCACACUGAAAAUCCUUUCAAAGACUGGCCUGGUGCUUUUGAGGAAGGUCUGAAAAAAAUGAAAGAAGGUGACCUGCCAGUUACAAUCUUAUACCUGGAGGCUGCCAUUCUACAAGAACCCAAUGAUGCAGAGGCCUGGCAGUUCCUGGGCAUAACACAGGCAGAGAAUGAAAAUGAGCAGGCAGCCAUUGUCGCCCUCCAAAGGUGCUUGGAACUACAGCCAAACAACUUAAAAGCUCUGAUGGCACUCGCUGUAAGUUAUACUAACACUGGCCAUCAGCAAGAGGCCUAUCAAGCUCUAAGAAACUGGAUAAAGCAAAAUCCAAAAUAUAAGUAUAUAGUGAAAAGCAAAAAAGGAUCCCCAGCACUUACCAGGAGAAUGUCUAAGACAUCAGAUGAAAGCUCAUUACUUGAAGAAGUAAAGGAUUUGUACCUGGAGGCAGCUCACCAGAAUGGUGAUAUGAUAGACCCUGACUUGCAGACAGGGCUUGGAGUUCUUUUCCACCUGAAUGGAGAAUUUAACAGAGCAAUAGAUGCGUUUAGUGCUGCUUUAACUGUUCGGCCAGAGGAUUACACAUUAUGGAACCGACUUGGAGCAACUUUGGCAAAUGGGGAUCGAAGCGAAGAAGCUGUUGAGGCCUAUACGCGUGCUUUAGAAAUACAACCUGGCUUCAUCAGGUCCAGAUACAAUUUAGGGAUAAGCUGCAUCAACCUAGGAGCAUACAGAGAGGCUGUCAGCAAUUUUCUCACUGCUCUCAGUUUGCAAAGAAAGAGCAGGAACCAACAGCAGGUUCCCCAUCCUGCUCUAUCAGGCAAUAUUUGGGCAGCACUCCGAAUUGCUCUGUCUAUGAUGGACCAACCAGAACUAUUUCAAGCUGCCAAUGUGGGUGAUCUAGACAUUCUGUUAAGAGCUUUUAACCUAGAGCCGUAA